CUUUUUGUCUUCUUUUAUUGCAACGGCUACUUUCUGUCUCUUCUUUAUCUUACAGAACUAAAACCAAUACUAGUCCAGUAAACAAACACAACAACGUAACGUUGUCAAUAUCAGAAACUAUGGAAACUUAUAAUAACAGUGGUCCAUUAGUAAUGGUGAUAGAGUAUUUAGAAUCGUCAAUGUCGAAAGAUCUUCUCUGCAAAUUCCCCGACAACUCUGCUUACGAUUUCGAUUAUUCCCAGAGCUCUAUUUGGUCUCCUUUAGUACCUCCUCCGCUGUCUUCCGACCGUAGGCUCAGUUUCGGUCUUUCAAGAAAGUUGUCGUACGAGGAUGAUGAAACCUUGUUCGGGAAUAUUAAGAGGAAGUUUUCUAGUGUGCUGUUUGAUAACAUGAAAGUAUACAAAAAUUUGAAGAAGAGACAGAGAAAGGGGUUUGAUUUUUCUCCUGUACCAUCUUCUUCUAAGGUCGGCUCUUGUACUUCAACUCCAAGAAAGGGGUGGGCUAAGGUGCUAAAAGCGGCUUCUAAACAUUUUAAGAAGAAGGGCAAGAAGAAAGAUUCUGCAGGUCAUCUUAAUCUUUCCAAAUGUUUAACUGGCAAUAGUCUUUCGCGCACUACUACAUAUCCAUAGUCAGUGUGAUGGGGAUAUUCUCUUGUAAAUCUAGUAAUUUGCUGGCCAUAAUUUCCAGUAAAAGUAGUAUAUAUGCUGUUGCAUUUGAGCCGAAACACUUGUGUUUCUCCACUAAGUUGUACUUUGAUUAAUUCAUGUUAUAGCAAUUCUAUCAUUGUUGCUAGUGAAAGAUCACGCUUAAUAAUCAGCUUUGUAGCAAUCUAAUCUCUUCAAUGCUAAUACUAUAGAAUUAAGAUCUGCAGGUAAUAUCUAGUUAAGUAUUUGUUCUACAGCAGUCAAAUGACUUGGUUUAGUAACUUUUAGGAUAUUAGGGGAACUUGUGGUCACUGGUGGAAGUUAGACUAUUGUGUUUAGGAAAAUCAGAGUCUGUAACCUGUUGAGAAUUGUGUUUCGAGCAAGAGCCUAAUAGCUAUUAUACACUUGGGAUGUCUUUGUCUUUUUUAAUAAUAUCUGAAUGAGACGGGCUUAAAUGGAGUGACAUGGAGAGUAGUUAGCUUAAAUGAUACACCAACAUUUGACCGGAUAGUGGAAUAGAAGCUAUUUUCCAUAUUUUCAUAGUUUUAACAUCACACGUAGUUUUUCUUGUCAAAGCUUGGUCAGUCAUUUCUUUAAUGAAUUCCCCCUUUCAUCUCAAUUAAGCUGCCAAGUGAAGAGGAUUUGAUAAUUAUAUCUAUAGUCCAGGUAGCAUAUGAGAAGAGGCCUUAUGAUAAGUUUAUUAAACGGAAUAUUUUCAACUUCUAAAAGCAUUUUAUUUCAGUUGAUACCCUCCACCCACCUUAGACGAGGCAAAAGAAAAGAAGAAGAACGAGGCGAGCUUACUUCUUUUUGGGCAGUGGGGGUUGGAAUUGGUGGCUCUCAGGGCUGCAAUUUUUCUCGAUGAUGCAGAGGGUCCCUAGAUCAAUGAUAAGAUUGUGAAUUCAGCAUCUACAUUAAUGUUAAUACAUUUUAUGGUUUCUUGACAAUGCACUUCUAUCCAUUUAUAUUUUAUUUUUAAUUUCCCAAAUUUGCAAGCAAUACUUAGUGGCACAAGUUAUCUCCUCGCAGCUACCUCCAUUGUGAUAGAAACCGACAAAGAAUUUGUGAAGGCUUCGAGUAGUAAGCGAUAGGAUAAUUGUCUGAUAGCUCUGGAAGAGGUUAAUCACAGCCCACAGGAGACAACAAUGUGCGACGAAUCUAGUUUUAGAAGCAUUCAUUAGUCUAAUAGAGGGGGCGUAGAGUCUUUCGGUAAAGGCAAACACAACUAUAUACUA